UCAUAAUAAAAUAGACAAAAUAGAAAACCGCAAUCUUCCUUCCUCAUUUAGCUAGGAAGUAAAUAAGGAAUAAAGGUUUUAUUCUUGUUUUCUGAAAAUUGUGUUUUUAUGAAAAUUGAAUUACCUAUUUCCUUGGGAAAAAUCAGUUUUAGAAUAGAACGGUGAUAAAUUGACUAUACCUAUUCAUCGAGUUUGUGUAGGAGAAGCUGUUUUGAUUUGUUAGAAGAUCUGGUCCGACCACAGCACUAACUGGAUUGCAUGACUUGAUCUCGGAAGAAUUCCUGCUAUUGUAGAACUUGUUUACUUAUGAAAUCUAAAGUAGGAAUUUGCAGGAAAAUAAAUUUCCAUCUCUGAACGUAUUUGAACAUUCUUCACAUCAAAGAUGCCCGCCGUUCAAUGUCCCGUCCCUGGAUGUGAUUAUAUCACGGAUGACUUGGAUUCUGCCAUCGUUGUUGCACUCAUUAACGCACACAGUGCAUCUCACACUGGUGGAGAGGCCGUCAAGGUCAAAUCGGCCAGACGUCCCGUUGCAACUGCGUCUGGAUCAAACGAGGAUUCGGCCGCCUCACGAACAUCAGGAACGUCCGAACGCUCUAGAUCACAAGAUAUGUCAGGAAGACGCACAAAUCGUAAGACUUGUCCGAAAAUAUGCAAUAAGUACAACGGCAAUGGGUGUGAGAAAGCUGAUUCAUGUCCUUACAUACAUAUGUGCAAGAGCUACGUAGAAAGUAGAUGCGCAUCUGGAAGAGAGUGUAGUAAAAGUCACGACAUAUUUAAUCCUGCAGUAAAGGCAAAGCUUGAAAAAUAUGGAAUAAAUACUAAGAGAAGACCAAGAGAAGUUCUUGCUGAAUUCCAAGCAAUCUUAAAAGAUGAUGAAUGUGGGAAUUCAAAAGCUGAGAAAUCAAACCAGAAAACGUCAAACCAUACUGCUCCAAAGAUAUGUUACGACUAUAACGGCAAUGGGUGUGGAAGAACUGGCUCUUGCUCUUUCAUUCAUAUGUGCAGGAGCUACGUAGAGCGUAGGUGUGAAUCAGGGAAAGAGUGCAGUAAAAGUCAUGAUAUCUGUGAACCCGCAGUAAAAUCAGUGCUUGAAAAACAUGGUAUAGAUACAAAGAGAAGACCGAGAGAAAUUCUUGUUGACUUGCAGGCGGCCCUGAAAGGUUACAAAAACAAGAGCAACCUUGAUGAAACGGAAAAAUCAACGGCCGGAAAAUCCGAAGACAAAUCCCAAAAGCAAAAGUCACUAAAGUUAUGUUAUAGAUACAACGGCAAUGGCUGCGAAAAAUCUGGUUCUUGUCCUUACGUACAUAUGUGCAAGAGCUACGUAGAAAGUAGGUGCGAAACUGGAAAAGAGUGUAGUAAAAGUCACGAUAUUCUUGACCCUGGAGUAAAAGCAAUACUUGUUAAACAUGGAAUCAAUACGAAGAGAAGACCAAGAGAAAUUCUUGCAGACUUGCAAGAAGCGGUGAAAGACGAAGGAGAUAAAAUUAGACAUGAAGGAAGUACUAACGUAAAAGCUGAAAAUGAGAAAUCAUCGAAGCAAAAUGUUCCAAAGAUUUGUUACCAAUACAAUGGCAAUAGCUGUAAAAGAGCAGGUUCUUGUACUUACAUACAUAUGUGCAGGAGUUACGUAGAAAGUAGAUGCGAAGCCGGAAAAGACUGUAAUAAAAGUCAUGAUGUCCUCAAUCCUACUGUUAAGGCAAUACUAGGAAAGCAUGGAAUAAAUACAAAUAGAAGACCGAGAGAAAUCAUAGCGGACUUGCAAGCGGCCAUUAAAGGUGAUGACAGCAAUCGCAGUCGUACAGUAGGUGGUGAAGCAAAAGCGGUAAGAACUGACAGAAAACCUGGGAAAUUUUCAAGGAAAAUAAUAUGUCUCUUUAACCUACGUGGAAGAUGCAGAUGGAACUUUUGUCCAAACGUUCAUUCAGAACUACCAUAUCAAUGGAGAUGGAAAAGCCUGUCUGAGAAAGACUGGAAUAUUCCAAGCGAGCACGAAAAUGUACAAAUGGAAUGUGCAUUCAGUGAUCCAUCAAAUCAACAAUACACGCUCACUACUGAAGAUGGUGUCACAAUUAACACUGACUUUAAUACUAUGACUGGAAACAGCAUAGAUGGAAAUACUAACACAAACUACAUAAUUCGCCGAAUAUCGACUCCGUCAUCGGUAGAGUUUACUCGGCAACCAUGGACAACUGUUUGGCUGUGGUACUGGAAAAAUGAAGAUGGAAGUUGGGCAAAAUACAGCGACAUGAGUGGUCCUUCUUCUAUCCAAAAAAUAUCGAAUAACGAUAUUGAACAAGCGUACAUCAACAAUUCAGAUGGUCAAAUAGCAUGUGAUGGGAAUGGCAACUUUAUUGAUUUUUCAAAGAUGGUGCAAAUUCAUGUGGACGACAAAACUGAAGUGGAAGUUUGUCGUAGACCGACUUUCGUCAGUGAAAGGGAGGCAAAAGAAAAACCUAAUAAGAUUGUUCAAAAAGAGCACCAUGACCUCAAACUUGACCUCAAACCAGAACAGAAAGUAGAGCUCGUAUCUAGUACCGUGGAUAUGUUUGCACCACCACCCAACUGGAAAAUGUCACCAGGAGAAGAUAUAACAGACCAUUGUCAACUUACUAUGUUACAGGAUACAGAUACCGAGUACAGGGAAAUUAAAUCAUUCUUUUACGAAAGUCUUCCCAAACCAGUUCGUAUCAAAUCAAUAGAGAGAAUCGAAAAUGGGGAUUUAUGGGAGAAUUUCGUCAGUAAGCGAACGAAGAUGUUGAAGAAGAAGAGCAAAGAAGAGAUUGGAGAGAGAAGAUUGUUUCACGGUACAAGGAACCAGUACAUCGAUCCUAUCUGGCAUCAGGGGUUCGAUUUCAGGCUUAGUGGACAAACAUCAGGCACGGCAUAUGGAAAAGGGAGUUACUUUGCCACAAAUGCUCAAUACUCCAACAGUUACGCCGAGCAAGGUGCGGACAGAGCAAUGUUUGUUGUGAAAGUCUUACCAGGGUCAUAUGUUCGUGGAAGUAGUGAAUACAAACGGCCUCCACACAAAGACAAGGGAAACCCAUGCAGUGAGCUCUACGAUUCGUGUGUAGAUAAUGAAAGCAAUCCGCAAAUAUUUAUUAUAUUUGAUAAUAAUCAGAUAUACCCGGAAUAUCUGAUAAAGUAUGACUACAGUAAUAUGUCUAUGUGAUAUCAAAAAUAUUAGAAAAUUCUUCUACUGCUUUAUGUAUCCUAAUCCUAAAUCCAAUCAACAGUUAACACGAUCCAUUUGUAUUUGACAGUUUCCAAACUGUCAAAAUGCUUGAUUUAUCAAGAAUUUAUCGGAAAAUUCAAAAGAACAAGCAGAUGUGUCGUAUAUUUGAUAAGCAUUAAUAAAAUUCAAGAAAUAUCUUGAUCGGGAAACAUUCAUUCAUAAAACAUAAUUUACUUAUGUCUUUCUAUAUAUAUUAGAACUGCUCUAUCCGAAAUCGGAUAAUGCGCAUACUUUCGUUCUGUUUUACCAUCCGUAACAAAUGCACACUACGAAUUUUGGUAGUUAAGAUAAAAUGAUUUUUGUACAUGUGUAUCAAAUGGCAAAAAUAAAUACUGUGUGUUUGAGUGGCUAUCCGAAUUCAGAUAAUCUGUUUGAGUGGAUAUCCGAAUUCAGAUAAGCCAAAAACAUUUAACUAUCUAAAAUCGUACUAAAGAAAAACUUGAGUGUUUUCGUUACCAUCCAAAUUCAGAUAAGCUUCAACAAUGUCCUAUCUGAAAUUGAAUGAAUCAAAACUAACUGAUGGCGUUGCUAUCCGAAUUUAGAUAAGACCUAACAAUUAGCUAUAAAAAGAAUGAGCGUUGACUAAAGUUAAAUGUAUUACAAUGAGACAAUGUUUGCUAUCUGAAUUUGGAUAGAGAAAAAACCUUUGUAAUGUUGUUACUAUCCGAAUUCUUAUAAGCUCAUUCAGUAUAAGAAAAUCUGGAAGUUGUCAUUGGCGAAAUUCUUAUAAGCUACGGUAUUGGGAAGAGCAGGCAAAAUAAAUGACGUGACACAAGAUGAAACAAAACAUGUUAUGAAUGAUCGCUUUAUGAAAAUGU